AUGUUGGAAGCGUCCAGAACAGUCCAUGCCCAGACCCAGAUCUUCUGGAACAAGCGAGACUUCCCCGAAUCGACAGGAGCACCCCUCCUAAUGGCAGCUUGUCAGACCACGCUAUGGAGGUGGAUUUCUGGGAUCUUAGGAGUAACAUGCCUUUCGUUGAUGGCUAUUUUGGGAACUAUCCUCAGAACUUAUUCAUGCAAUAUUUCUUGCCAAGAAAGAUGGAUUGGCUAUCAGUGCAACUGUUACUUCAUUUCCAAUGAAUCAAAAUCUUGGAAUGAAAGUAGGGAUUCCUGUGCUUCUCAGAAGUCCACCCUGCUUCAGAUGCACAGUGGAGAUGAAUUGCAUUUUAUGAAGCGUAAUCCAUACUUUUACUGGAUUGGAGUGACCUACAGUGCAGCUCACGGUGCCUUGGUGUGGCUGAAUGGCUCUGCUGUCUCCCAGGAUCUAUUUCCAAGGUUUAAAAUUAAAAAUCCAGAGAAGUGCAUAGGAUACAGCCCGAGUGGUUAUGUUUUGGAAAAACAUUGCUGGGAGAAAUUCCAAUUUAUCUGUAAACAGCAACUUACUUAG